AUGAAGAAAUCUAUUCCAAGACUAAAUAAGUUGUCUCCAAGUGAUUAUGACGAAGGCAUGGUUGGAGCAGAAUUUUCAAUAAACAAAAUAGACUCUUUGUUGCACAAGGGAUCAAAUGGUGUUUCCAAAAUAGGAAUUUGGGGCAUAGGAGGUAUAAGCAAAACAACUAUUGCUCAUACUGUAUUCAAAAAGAUCUCGAACCAGUUUGAAAGAUCCUAUUUUGUUGAAAAUGUUAGGGAAGAGUCGGAGAAAAACACUAAUUUAACUCAUUUGCGAAAUGAACUUCUUUCCAAAUUAUUACAUGAUACAUGUCCCAAUAUAGGAGUCACCUGUAAAGCACUAAAUGUUCUUAUUGUUUUUUAUCAUGUGACAUCUUUAAUCCAAAUAGAAAAUUUGAUUGGAAACCUUGACUUGAGCUUGGAAAGUCAAAUUAUCAUAACAACAAGGGAUAAACAUGUGUUGAGCAUUUGUGGAGUAGAUGAUGCUUAUAUGGACAAGGUUGAUGAAUUAAGAGAGAAGAAAGCUCAUCAACUUUUUAAUCAGUACACCUUUAGACAAUACUCUCCUAUUGCAGAUUAUAUGGAGCUAUCAAAGAAAGCAGUGGCAUAUACCAAAGGUCUUCCAUAG